CGCGUGCUCCUUCAGUCCGGCGCUAACAGCCCAAACCGAUUCAUAUCCGGACCCUGGAGGGAAGCGAAGAAGCUUCGCGAGGACGAAUCAGCGAUAAAUAACAGAAAGCAUAAGCAAAGAGGAAGCACCUCGAGACAAAGACGCUUCGACUUCCGGGUCCGCGAGAAUCGCGUCGCUUCCACUGAGAGGGACAGAGAGAGAGAUAAGAGAUAGUGAGGGCAGUUCUUUGCAUGGACUAGAGCGGUGUUUGUGGUAAUGUGUGAGUGAAAAGUUUCGAGCAAAGAGAUCAAGAGGAAGAAGAUUCGCGAGAGAGGCUGAAGGGACAGAAUGACGAACAGCAUGAAGCAGACUGUUAUUAAGAAUCCAACAUGGUGGAAAAGGAGAUCAGCGCUGGAGCGCGGACUAACCGUGAUAGCAGUCUGCGGGGUGCUUUUGUGCAUCGCGUUGGCUGUUGCACUCGGUGUUCUGGCGGCGAACACUGCAUCCUGCAACACGUCGACUAGAAACGAUCCUGUUAACUCAGAGGGAUUACCAUCCACAGCCGGCGCCCUCAACGGAUACCAGCAGAACAAAGGCAUGCACGUGAUCGACAAGGGACCCGACUGCGACGAAGACGUGUGUUACACUCAGGAAUGCAUCCACACGGCCUCCAGAUUACUGAAGAACAUGGACCGCGAAGUGGAGCCGUGCGACGACUUCUACGAUUUCGCUUGCGGUGGAUUCCUUAAGACCACUAUCAUCCCGGACGACAAGACCAGUGUCAAUACGUUCACUAAGAUCAGUGACGAAUUGCAGAAUCACUUGAGAGCUAGUAUAGAGGAGAAGAGUCCACCGGAAGAGCCAAAGCCGUUCAAACUCGCUAAGAAUUUGUAUAAGGCUUGCAUGAACAAGACCGUCAUCGAGCAGCAAGGGUUAGAGCCGUUGCUGAACAUUCUGCGAAAACUCGGUGGAUGGCCCAUUCUGGAGGGCGAGCAGUGGAACGAGGACGAUUUCAAUUGGAAGGAGUCCGUGUACAAGUUCCGCGAGAUGGGUUACUCCGUCGAUUACUUCAUCGAUUUCAGCAUCGGUGUCGAUCUGAAGAACAGCACGAAACGGAUAAUCGAUCUGGAUCAAGCUUCGCUUGGAUUAUCGCGCGAAUAUCUGUCGAAGGGGCCCGACGAUAAAAUUGUUCAAGCCUAUUACAGCUACAUGGUCGAUAUCGCGGCGAUUCUUGGGGCUAACAAAACCGACGCGAAGCAGGAACUGAAGGAGUCGUUGGAAUUCGAGAUGAACCUCGCCAAUAUUUCUUUGCCGAACGAAAAACGUCGCAACGCCACGCUUCUCUACAAUCCCAUGACGGUAAGAGAGUUGUCGAAAACCUACCCCAGUGUUCCAUGGAAGGAAUACUUCAAUACCCUUCUGGCGCCCAACGUUCAAGUCGACGAAGAGGAAGUCGUGAUUGUCAGUGUUCCCAAUUACAUCGCAAGCUUGGAGAAGCUGUUGGCCACCACUCCGAAAAGGGUUCAAGCUAAUUAUGUGAUGUGGAGAGCUGCCGCCUCCUCUGUGAGCUAUCUCACGGACAACAUUCGAAAGAGGCAGCUGCAAUAUUCCACGGCAUUAAGCGGGAAAACAGAAAGAGAGCCUAGAUGGAAAGAAUGCAUCGAUACAGUUUCCGGUAGCUUGAGCAUAAGCGUCGGUGCCAUGUAUGUCAGAAAAUACUUCAAGGAGGAUGCGAAGAAGAACGCCGUGGAAAUGGUGGCUGAUAUUAGAAAAGAAUUCACUAAGAUAUUACAAAAGGUUGAUUGGAUGGACGAAGAGACGAGGAAGAGUGCUCUGAACAAGGCAGCCAGCAUGGCCAGUCAUAUUGCCUAUCCCGACGAGUUACUGGACAACAAUAAACUGGAAGAAUUCUACGAAAAACUGGAAUUAACGACGGAUAAUUACCUGGAAGGUAUUCUGAACCUGACUUUGUUCGGAGUCGAGUAUUCCUUCAGCAAACUGAGGAAACCCGUGAACAAGAGCGAUUGGAUAACUCACGGAAGACCAGCCAUCGUUAACGCCUUUUAUUCGUCCAUCGAGAACAGUAUACAAUUCCCGGCUGGUAUUUUACAAGGCGCUUUCUUCAAUAACGAUCGACCAAGGUAUAUGAAUUACGGCGCCAUUGGUUUCGUUAUUGGCCACGAAAUAACGCACGGCUUCGACGACCAGGGUAGGCAAUUCGAUAAAAACGGAAAUCUGGUGGACUGGUGGGCGCCACAGACAAAGGAAAAGUAUCUGGAAAGAGCAGAGUGUAUUAUUCAUCAAUAUGGCAAUUAUACGGUGGAAGAAGUUGGCUUGAACUUAAAUGGUAUCAACACUCAAGGUGAAAAUAUCGCUGACAACGGUGGGAUAAAAGAAGCCUAUCUGGCUUACCGAGAGUGGGUAAAGCGAAAUCAAGAUGAGCCAAAGUUACCAGGUCUUCCUUAUUCUCCGCAACAACUAUUCUGGAUUAGCGCAGCGAACACCUGGUGUAGCAAGUACAGGCCUGAAGCAACGAAGCUUCGUAUUACAACUGGUUUCCAUAGUCCAGGAAAAUUCCGCGUUCACGGCCCUCUUUCGAACAUGGAGGAAUUCUCGAAGGAUUUUAAUUGUCCCCUUGGCUCGAAGAUGAAUCCCGCAAAGAAAUGCGCUGUUUGGUAAAGAUCAACGUAAUGAAAGAUGAAAAAAGAAGAAAAACGAAAGUUAUAAUUGAUCGACGGCGAUGAAAAUUGUUUCUCAAUGUCUCAAUGAAGAACGGUUCAUAGCAGAAAACAAUCUUUCGCUGAAUGUUCCGUUGAAAACGACGAUCUGAUUCGAUCAAAGAAAACUGUUACGAAUAAAGUUUGCGCGUAUCUCGACAGAUCGUCGUAGAUCUUAGUGGAAUCCAUUUAAGGAAUAACAGUGACGGUGCUUCGAUAAUAGGGGAACUGAUGAAAUUCAAUUUUUAAGCACGGUUGUACUCGAGAAAGAUCUCACCAAGAUGCCCAAAGAGAUCCUCGUUUAUAAAUUGACUUGAAUUACACGGUGCAUAUUACUAACAUUGUUCGUUACUACAUAAGUCCUUUUUUAUAAGAGAGAAGUCCGAGUUUCGACAAGUAUUGUAAAUAAAAAAAAGAAAAUAAAAAAACGACGAGAAAUAAGAUGGCGCGUUAUGACGAUUUGAAAUUUUCUAUAACUGCAUUUUAAAGAAGCGGAUAAAGUCCGUACUAUAGGUUCGAUCAUCGAAGAGAAGUUAAGUAAAGAUGGACACGUUUAAACUGUGAUGAUUUUAUAGGAAUCGACAAUAAAAUAGUGAAAACGGUCUUUCGGUUGAAGCUAUAGGAUCACGC